AUGGCAGCGAGAAUCUUACAUGCAUACAGCUGCUAUUUCUAUGCCAGUCUACUGGAAAAUGAAGGAAAGACUAGCCCCUUGAUAUAUCCACAUGAGGAACAAGGAAUGGAGUCACACUUCUGCCCUACUGUCACAUGUCUAGACUAGUCUUUUUUUAAAAAUAAUAAUAAUAUUUAUUAAUAAUUUAAAAGUUACAGAAAAGAAAGGAAAAAAUUAAAAACAACACUACAAUACAUAAAAAAAAUAAAAAAGGCAAAACAUAAAAACAUAUGCAACAGUACAGCAAAAAGAAAAAAAAGAAAGGAAAAAAACCACAAAUCCCAUAUUACAGAUCUUUAACUUCCAUUUGUUUGUUUCAUUGACCUCCUCACACCUCCCUUUUUGUGUUCUAGUUUGAUUAGUUAUUUCAGCAAAUUCUUUCCAUCUUUCUCAAUUUUUUGUUAAAUGAUUUAUCUUAACAAUUUAACCUAUUAAUUAACUCAACAAAUCCUUUCCAUUUUUCCCCAUAUUCUGUUAUUCAAAUUACCUUAAUUUAUUUACCCUUAUCUUACCAAAAAAAUACUUUAAAGCUUAAAGCUUAAAACUCGAUUAUACAUAACUCCUGAUAUCAUUUCUACUAGAGUCAUAUAGUUUCAUUCCAACAUUUUCCCUAAUAUUCAUUAAUUUUAGACUAAUUCCCUAGGAAAAAAAAUUUCUUUAUAAAUUUUCUUCCAAUCUUCAUCCAACGUCUCUUCUUCCUGGUCUCGGGUCGUGUCAGUCCUUACUGUCCAUUCCAUCUAGUCCAUCAACCUGGUGAUCUUAUGUCCGAGGCCCUUAAGUCUCUUCCAUGUCCCUUCUGCAGAUCUUCUUCUUGUUGUUUAUACUUGCACUUUUCCUUGUCUUUUGUUGGUCUCUUUCUUAAUUUCUUUCCUUUCUCAUUGAGGAGUAGGGCUCUGGGGGAUUCCAACCCAAAAUUAUCUCCGUCUCCCUUCAUCAAACCAGCCCAUUCCCCACAGUCCCACUCCCCACAGUCAUCAAUGUAGUCCAAAAAAUAUUUAGAAGCAUAUUUCAAAGUCUCUCCAAAGUUAAAAACCUCCUCAGCUCCAGACUCCCCCUGGCCCACUCCAACUUCAAUCUUCAAAGACAGCGGCUUAUGCUCCUGUAGGGCCUCGGGUCUCUCCAUUUGUAUUAUUUGAGGUGCAACCGCAACCUCCUCCAUUAUCUUCUGCACUUGCCCAAUCAGUACAGGUUCCUAAGUUGGUCCCUGAAUGAUUUCUGUAUCAAUAUUUCCUGUUUGUUCACAGUUAUUAACCACAACAGUCAUCAAAUCCAUUUUCUCAUUCAUCAAAUCCAUCUUCUCAUGCAUCUGUUCCAACAAAGCACUUGUCUUGCAUAAAGCAAGCACCAAAACUUCCUCCCAGCUCAUAUUUGGUCAAGGUCAAAAAGGACUGAUCCCACGAUCUUAAUCUGACAGCUGUAGAGUCCUCAAGUAGACUGCAGCAACAAUUUAGCAAGCUCCCUCUAGAGGAGACAAUUUCUAUUUGUAUCCAUUUUUUAAGGCAAGUCCAACAAAGGAAAAUUACUUUCAUUUUUCAGAUAUUUUGUUUCUUUAGAAUGCAAAAGGCAACAUUGGAAUCAGUUUAUUUCUCUUCUUUAGCUAUCUGUCAAAGUAUUCCAUUCACAGUCAGUGAACCUCUCCAACAAUUUCUGUCUCUGACACCCCGUUCCCAGGUUAGAGACGGUGGAAACUUAUCUUUCUUCGCUCCCUCUCCUGCAGGCGUUAAACAAAGUCCCCCCCCCUUUCUCCUGCUUCCAAGGGGGUUUCAGUAGUUUUAAAUGAAGGAAAUUUAGACUUUUUUAACGACUUUCCAGGCUUUAGCUUACAAGGAUUUUGCUUCAGUCUAUAUACAAAAAGCGGAAGGCGGACUUCCUGUUUUGAACCUUCCCGCUUCGGUGCCAAAUUAAGAUAUUUCUUGAUAGAAUUUUCCGUUUCUACUCACGGGUACUUGUUUUAAAUCCAAUUGUCACACUUCCGGGUUAGCGCCAUCGCCGAAUGGCGGACUCCCUCCGAGCUCCGGAGGGAGUCUGCUCGGCAGGGGCUGGGUCCUACCGCGCCGGCGACGCGGGGACCCUUAAAAACCACGGGCACGGAGUCCGUGGACAUGGGUGACUCGGCUUGCACCAUUAGCGCCCUCCCGACUCGUGAAGGAGCCUUUUAAAGGCUUCGGAUCGGGUGCCGGGGAGUGGCGUGGUGCUUUGAGUCCACUGCUUUCCUGCCGAGCGCAGCCGCAUGCCAUUCGACGGAGAGCGCUGACUUCUUCUAUUGAAAAUUUGGACUAUUAACAACAACCCGUGAGUAAUUGGGAAACCGGGUUCAAAAUUUUGGAUUUGGCACGAGCGGGGCGAUUUAAAAGGAAGUCAAUCCCCCCCCCUAUUGUAAGCAUUCCAAAACAAGGACUGGGUAACCAAGGUCCAAAGGGAAGUAUGUCUCUGAUAAAAAUCAUUAAUUUCACGAUGGGAAAUUAUAAGAAAUGUGCUGGAGGAGAAGAGUGGAGGGUGAGAAGAAAAAUGCAACUCCCCCCCUGGGAACCGGGGCGAUUCGUGGAGCCUGGUGAAGAGAGACGGAGACUUUGACAGCUGUCAAAGUGGCUGUCAAAGCUGGAGAAUAUAAAGAGGACUUUGUUAUGAGGACCUUGCUGGUUAAUUUUGUUACAAUUUGCUAUAAUAUGGAUAUAAACUGUUGGAAAAUAAGCAACAAUUUGACUUUUGGAUUAGAGGAUACAAAGUUAUUACAAUCCCCUAGAGGGGUUUCGGGUUACUACAAUAACGGUCGUAAGUGGAAAAAUACCCUGGGAUUCGCACAGGAUUUGUUAUCUUCUGGGAAAGCUGCAAAACUGAAAGAGUAUUUUGUCUACAGAGGAAGACAAUGGAAAUUUUUAUUGAAGAAAGAAAGGGACUGGACGUAAGUUUUUGUUCCUGAAUAACAAACCUCUGCAGAGACACUAGAUUUCUGAAUUAGAAAGUUUUAGCAGCUGAACAGGACAAGAAACCUGAGAAAGUGAGGAAUAAGAAGAAUAAAGGACUGAUUACUGUUGGUUUCUAUUUCCUUCACUGAGCAGCAACUGCAGUCACAAGACAUUGUUUUACAUUCCACAGUCUGUACUGUUGGAGUUUCUCACGGGAAAGGGAGACUGGAUGUGACGUACACUGGUUUCCUGUUUUUCACUCUGUGUGAUUCUCUCCAAGCUGUCGAGGAGAGAGGAUGCAUUUUUCUGCUCUUGCAGAGGCAAGAUGUCUUUCUGUAAUAUACCAGCUUUGAACUGUAAAUAAAGCAAUAUAGAGUAUGUAUCACAUUUUCCUCAUCCUUCCGCUGGGCACGACAGACUCUGCUUUAAAUCAACACGUGGUUAUGGGCCCAGAGGUCGAAUCGGAGUGCCGGCAAAGGAUCGGAAUGCAGAGGGACGGAUCGGAAAGGAAUCUGCUCUGCGCGUAGAAGUGAUUGAUGAGGUAUGUGCUACUGCUCCGGGCAGCCUGCCAGCUUCAAGAUAAUGGCUUUAUGGCUGGACUUUGAACUUUUAAAGCCGGUUUUGCCGGGAAUAGGCAAAGGCUCCCAGGCACAAGUCACUAUGCUGGGGAAAUCGAAAGUAACUUUUAAGUGUGCCUUUGUAAUAAAGCAGCUGCAGCAGUGACGCAGCAAGAUUUAAAGCAGCAUAUAAUGACGCUGAAGGCUAAUGCCAGAGUCAUGAUGGCCCUUCAGGAUGCUUGUGGGAUUCCUAAGCUCAACAAGACAAAUUACAGCGACUGGGUUCAGUAUGCAGAGGCAAUUCUGCGGAAAGAGGGUUUGUUUGAGGUGAUUACAGAAACCCCCCCAGUUCCAGUUACAGAUGCAUGGGAAGCUAAGGAUUCCAAAGCAAGGGGAACUCUUACAUUGAUAGUAUCCCCAGAAGAGCUCUGUCUAUUGCGUGAUAAGACCUCAGCCAGAGAAAUUUGGGACGCUCUGAGAGAGGCUCACUUAAGGACAGAAGCUGGAUCCACUAUGUUUUAUUUUAACAAGCUGCAUAAUAUGGCUCUUGCUGAAGGUGGAGAUGUGCGUUUACAUCUAAUGGAGAUGCAAAAUCUGAGACAUGAGCUGCAACAGAGAGGACUCAACUUUCCAGAGGCUGUGUAUUCUUUCAUGAUACUACAAUCUUUGGGUUCAGGUUGGGAGUCUGUUGCAACCCAGAUUGCUGUGCAACCAACUGCUCAGCUGACAGUGGACUUUGUUACUGCCGUGAUUUUAAAUGAAGCAGAUCGCCGGGGUGCUAGCUGCAUGGGCAAGGGAGAGUCUUCACAGACGUCAUCCCAUAGUGCAGUGGAACCACCAGAUGGCGCCAAAGCUCUGAAGGCAGUGAAGUGCUACUCGUGUGGACGUCUAGGCCAUAUGAAGAGGGAAUGCAGACAUCCCAGGGCCAAGACAGAGCAGCGCAGCGAAAGCUCAUCGCGCGGAAAAGGCCGAGGCAAAGGCAAAGGUCCGGUGUCUAGGACAACGCAGCACAAGGCUAUGGUUUCACGCUUCACUCCAAAGGUUGCAGAGGUCCAGAAGACGUCUAGAUCUUUCUUCGUAGUUGAUUCAGCGGCCACCCACCACAUGUGCAACGAUAAGAAACUGUUUGUGUCUUUUACACCGCAGGAAGGUGCGAUUCACCAGGCGGAUGACCACACUAUUCCCAGUAAAGGCUACGGAACUGUUGUUCUUCACAGUUUGGACUUAUCGAUACAGAAUGUGCUUUACGUGCCAGACGCCAAACAUAAUCUGCUCAGCGUUGGACAGCUGAAUGAGCGGAACAUUGACGUUUCCUUCAAGAACAAGAAGUGCAUCAUCACAAAGAAAAAUGAUUAUGUAUUGCAUGCAGAAUAUGUUGAUCAUUUGUUUGUUUUGUAUUAUGAUGAUGUGGUGCAGGAUGACACUUGUUGCAUUGCAGGUUCUAACAAAAGUUUGCAUGCAGAAUGUAUUCACGAUUUUCAUCGAAAAUUUGCUCAUUUGCAUUUUGAGGCAGUAUCUAAAAUGCCUGCCUUGGUUGAAGGUAUGACUAUUAAACCCUGCAGGUACCACAUGAAGUGCAAAGCAUGCGCAGCAAACAAGGUGAAAAUGGCUGCGAAAGGUAAGGUGUCUAGUAGGAAAGCUACAGAACCAUACCAGGUUGUUCAUGCUGAUUUGGUUGGACCACUAGCGCCCUCUUUGGGUGGAAAUAGGUACUUCAUGGUUCUCAUUGAUGCAUUUUCUAGAUAUAUUUUUGUGUACAAUCUCAAGCAGAAAUCGGAGGCUUUUCCUAGGUUCAAGGAAUUCUGUGCUUGGUUGGAAAAUGUGCAUGGUAAGAAGAUAAAGACUCUUUUCAGUGAUCGCUGGGGAAUUCACUUCUCAGCAGUUUGAAGCUUUUCUGACUGAGAAAGGAAUUCAACACGAUUUGUCUAGUCCUCGCUCGCCAUGGCAGAAUGGACUUGCGGAACGGGCAAAUCAGACAUUGCUUCAAGGGUUAAAGACCUUGCUGCAUGAUGCCAAUCUUCCAGAGAGUUAUUGGGCCGAAUCUCUCUCGUGUUUUGUUUACAGUUACAAUCGCAGGUUAUCUUCAGCGAUUGGUUGUACUCCUAUGAGAAGAUGUUUGGCAAGAAGCCAUACAUCAAACACAUGAAGAUUUUGGUUCUGACAUGUGGGUUCGCUCACCACAAAACUCCAAGUUAGACAAGCGUGGAUUGCAUGGUAUCUUUCUAGGUUAUCAGAAAGGGUCUUACAGAAUAAUGAUGACUGACUCUAAGACAAUUAAGCUCACGAGAAGUGUUGAGUACAAUGCAAAGUGGGGAGAAUGUGGGAAUUUUCCAAUGUUAUCCUGAUGACGGUGAUGAGACUGAGGAUAGUCAAAAGCAACCACAACAACCCACACCCACUGAUGAAGGUUCUGAGUCUGAAUCUGAAACUGAAUCGGGUGAUUCAGAGGAUUUCAAGAGUGCGAAAGCCUCUAUGCGACCCUCUGAAAGCUCUGAUCAAGAAUUGGAGGAACCAUUGUUCACAAUAGGUCGUUUUUCUCCUAAGAAGGAAGAGGAGAGUGUUGAAGACUUAAGGCUAAUUCGUAGGUCACAGAGAGCCACAAAAGGCAAACCUCCAAAGAGAUUUGCUGAUGAGUUUGCUAAGAUAGCAGUAACAGCUGUUAAAAGCUCCAAGAAGGUAUUUGAACCUUCAAGUUUCCAAGAAAUCCAGGGUUUGGAUUCAAAGGAAGCUGAGCCAUGGUUAAAUGCCAUGAAGGCUGAGCUUGAUUCCUUAGAAAGGAACAAAACAUGGGAGCUAGUUCCAGUAGUUCCAGGAAUGAAACUGCUUGGAAGCAAAUGGGUCUUCAAAGCGAAGACAGAUCAAAAUGGCAAGAUAGUCAGACACAAAGCCAGAUUGGUAGCCAGAGGUUUUGCACAGGUACCAGGUGAAGACUAUCACGAGACCUAUUCACCCACAGUGAGAUAUGAAAGCAUUAGGCUUAUGCUCAAGCUAGCUGCAGAGGAAAAUCUACACAUUAGUCACCAUGAUAUUAAUACAGCUUUUCUGUACGGAUCUCUAGAUGAAUCACUUUAUAUGCUUCCACCUGAUGGCGUACAGGUAAAACAGGGAUUUGUUUGUGCUCUGAAGAAAUCCCUUUAUGGUCUCAAACAAAGUGCACGGUGUUGGCACACAAAACUCACUGAAGUAUUGUUUUCUCUAGGUUUUCAGCAAGGGAAAGCUGAUCCAUGUGUAUUUGUCAAAGAGGAGGGGCAAAAGAAACUGUACUGUUUGUUUUAUGUUGAUGAUUUAUUAUUCUUUUGGAAAGAUGUCGCAAUGUACAAUAACGCCCUAGCUCAACUGAAAGAGCACUUUGACAUGAAAGAUCUUGGUGAGGUAAACAACUACCUAUCUCUGGAAAUAGAGAAAGAUCAAGAUGGUAACAUUCUAGUACACCAGUCACGGAAAAUUGCUGAUGUGUUAAGCAAACUAAAUCUGAUGGAUGCUAACCCUGUAGACACACCGAUGACAACAGGUUAUCAGGUAGAUGACACUGAAGAAGCAUUUUCUGACACUACACUGUACAGGAGUGUGCUAGGCAAACUAAACUUCAUUGCCAGAUGUUCAAGACCAGACAUUGCUGUUAGCUGUAAUUUGCUAAGCAGACAAGUCAACAAUCCUAGUGUCAAGGAUUGGAAAGCUCUGAAACGCAUAGCGCGGUAUUUGAAAGGCACUAUGCAUUACAGACUGAGAUUUAACAAUCAGAAGUCUGGUGGUCUUGAGAUAUUUGCAGAUGCAAGUUUUGGAAGUGACGCUCCAGACGGGAAAGGUACGUCUGGAGUUUGCUACAUGUACAAUCAGGGUCCUUUUGAUUGGUCAUGCAAGAAGCAAACAACAGUUAGCUUAAGUACUUGUGAAGCUGAACUAAAUGCACUGUCUUAUUCACUUAAGGAUUGUGAAUGGUUAGUACAAUUGUGCAAAGAUAUGAAAAUUCCUGUCAAAUGUCCAAUCCAGGUUUACCAGGACAACAAAGCAUGUUUGGCUUUGCUGAAGUCUGAAGGUUGUAAGCAAAGCACAAAGCACUUGCAAUUAAAGUUGCAGCAUGCUAGGGAAUGUAUUCAGAAGGGACUCGUAACGGUGUCCUAUAUGCCAGGUAAUGAAAUUCCUGCUGAUGUAUUGUCCAAGAUUGUAUCAAGGGAUCAACACUGUACCUAUGUGCAGAAGUUGGGUUUGUACUGAUAUUGUACGAACACGCUGCCCAGUGAUGUUCACAGAAAGGGGGAGGAUGUUGGUUUCUAUUUCCUUCACUGAGCAGCAACUGCAGUCACAAGACAUUGUUUUACAUUCCACAGUCUGUACUGUUGGAGUUUCUCACGGGAAAGGGAGACUGGAUGUGACGUACACUGGUUUCCUGUUUUUCACUCUGUGUGAUUCUCUCCAAGCUGUCGAGGAGAGAGGAUGCAUUUUUCUGCUCUUGCAGAGGCAAGAUGUCUUUCUGUAAUAUACCAGCUUUGAACUGUAAAUAAAGCUAUAUAGAGUAUGUAUCACAUUUUCCUCAUCCUUCCGCUGGGCACGACAGACUCUGCUUUAAAUCAACAAUUACGACACGGAAAGAACAACGGGAGGAGUGGUAAAGAUCAAGGAAAUUAAAGGCCUUUGUUAGAUUGGACAUUUGAAGUUAAAUAUUAUUUAAAUUAAUAAACUAAAAGAAAACCGGCAAGAUGGAAUCGGGGAGAAAUAUGGUCAUGAAAUGAAAUCAAUUGUCCACAGGAAAAAGUCAGCGCUCUCCGGCGAUGGCUGUGCGACUUCACUCCGUGAAAGUAGCAAUCAGUUCGCAGCACCGCGCCGCUCACCCCACUUCACUCCAGAGCCCCAAAAUGGGGUUCCCGGUGAGUAGGGGGGGCGCUCCUGGUGCCCUGCCGAACUCCACGUUCCCAGGCUUCCUCCUCCUGGGAUUUCUAGUGGGUUCCCACCUUCGCCGCGGCGGGAAGACCCAGUUUCCACGGAGCCAGUUCCUUCGGUCGGAGGAACUCCGCCAUUCGCCGAUGGCGCUAACCCGGAAGUCCCAUGUCUAGACUAGUCUUGCCCUUAGUUGUCUACAUGCUGAGCAUGGCCAUCUGGCAGAGAACCCCAGUGUAUGAGCAGGUGUUCACACCUAUGUGUUCCCUUCCUAUGUCCAUGCUCAAAUGAGUGGCUGUGAAGGGCAGAGCUGGCCUGGUCUUACAACACCAGGCGCACAACCUAAUUCCUUGUUCUAUGGGUGUGCCUCUGUCACAGAUUUAACAUCACUACUGUGGAGCAGAGUAGUCAUUCCCCUCCCCUCCCCCUUCAGCAAGUGUUCUUUGAAGAAAGGCUGAAUCGGGGCAUUUAUUCCCCACAGUUGCCAGAGAAACCACCUUCCUCUUAAAGUCAAACCAUGAAGGAACAGCUAAAUUUGCUCUCACUCACAAGGACCUUAGUGUCACACUAAUACGGAUUUUGAAAGGCAGCUUAAUUUUAUUCAUAGUUUCAAUGUUUUUGCACCAUCCUUUUUAAAUAUGUCACGUUUGAAACAGCAAUAACAAAACCUAAGGAAUCUGGUUUGGGGGGAAAGCUGGUUUGGGGAUUAUUUGUAUGGAAUAUAUUUUUCACAUUUCUCGUUUGAUUUUGUGGUGCACUGCUGCUGAUCCAGUUUCUAAGCAAUACUAUAACCUCAUUGUUUACAUAUUGACUAAAGGGUGAACAUCUCAAACUUCCUCUUUAGUGGAGACGGGAACCAUAUUCUCCUUGUAUAUAUCACACACAUACACCAUUAACUAAAAUUAAACUGUGAAAUAGAUCAACAGCUAGAGGUCUUGGCGCUCUGCUGGUGGCACUAGAAUGUCUAGCAGUAUUCAAGAGAUGGCAUAAAAUCCAUUUAUGAAUGGCAGUGGCUAUGCACAUAAUUUCCCACCUCCUGCUGGACAGUGAUGAAGGAGGAUGGGGCCUUCCUGCCAAGUUUUCUAUUCAUGUUCACUUUCAAGUAUGCAGUUCUGCCAAUUUAUUUAAUUAAGAAUUUUAGCCUCUGCAUUUGUUAGCCAUAAUGAGAACAGAAAGCUGGACUAGAUGGGUCUUUGGUGUGAUCCAUUAGGGCUCUUCUUGUGUUUACUGUGAAGCUUUCCUAACCCAUUACACCAAAAUAAUAAAUGCCAGGAUUAGGCACAGUGCAUUUUUGUUUUUAAUAAGACUACAUUGUUAGUGUUGAAUUAAUAAAUGUGUGUGUUCGCAUUCCUGUUAUUCCUAAUUAAUUACAAACUGAUAGUACCACCUCAUACCGUACAUCUCUUGACAGGUAUAGCUGCAUAAUCUAGUGUCCAGCAAAUAUGCAUUGAAAGGCUGUGUUACCUUGGUAAUUAAAAUGUAAGUGUUUUAAUUGACUGACAUUUUGCAGAAAUGGUAAUAGAUAGUGCACUGAGCCAUCCUGAACCCCCACAAAAGGCUGGCUGGGUAAGAGGGUGGAAGUGCUAUUGGUGGUGCCACUCCAUCAGCAAAGAUGGUGGAGCAACAUGUUCAGCCCAGACCCCCCUCAUGCCUGUGAAAAGCUCCACGGAUGUAGAGCUGCCAUCAGUGGUGCUUCCACCAGAAGUAGGGACCAGAGGAGGAAUUCCAGGGGCAUCAAGGCCUUGCUGGAGGUGGCCUUGGAUCUACUACCUCCAAAUACAAUAAACAAUGAAGAAGAUACUAUAUUUAAAAAGAUAUGCCCUCCCUGAUCACUAUUACAUCAGGAACAUAGGAAACAUCCUUAGACUACAUCAGACUAUUUGUCCACCUAAGAACAUUAAAAGAGCCUGCUGGAUAAGACCAAUGGCCCAUCUAGUCCACCAUCCUGUGGGAUGCCUAUGGGAAAUCCACAAGCAGGACCUGAGCACAAUAGCAUUUUCUCCUCCAGUGGUUGCCAGCAACUGGUAUCAGAAGCAGUGCUGCUUCCAAUUGUGUAAGCAGAGCCUAGCCUCUCUGGGCUCUUUCACUUCACCUGUUAUCUUACUUUGUUUUGUUUUUACUGGAUAUACCAGAAAUAGUACCUACGACUCUCUGCAUGCAAUACCUGUGCUUUACCGCUGAGCUAUGGUCCUUCAUUAGUAUAUUGUAUACACAACUGGCUGCUUAUGCAUACUAUUAGACAUGUGCAGCCCCUCCCAUAAAUACAACUUGGCACUUGCAGCACAGCUGACAACAUGUAGGCGUUGGCAGCAGGAAACUCCCCCAGCGAACAAGGGAGACACAUGGCAAGUGACUAGAUCCAUUUCCACAUGUGUGACUUCGUUGGACAGAAAACUGUACUUCUUGUGUCAUUUUCUAUGCCUUUGGGUGGGAUUCUUACUAAAUGAUCUAUUUUGUAACAUGCUAAAUGCUAUGAUGAAAUGUGUGCCAUGUAAUCAGGUGUAGAAUAUAUCACCUUAAUCUGCAGGUAAAUUCUUUUUCCCCCUUUUUUUUUGAGUGGAGAUGGACAAUUAUAAGCAUCGUUAUUUUAAUUUGAAAUUACAUUGGUAUAAUAAGACUGUUAGCAUGUCACUACAGUGGAAUUCAUCAAGAAUUUUAAUGAUAAUAAUUGGAGAUAACUUUAGAGCCUUACCUAAUUCUGAUUCAGUUCAUCAACUUCCAGUAUGUUUCCAUGUGGCUUUUUCACAGACCAGUAACACUGGGGAGUCUUAACCAGUUACCUCCAAGGUGAUUCAACCAUCCAGAUAGGCAGAAAUAACUGAAUCAUGGGGUCCCUUUUUCAUGGAGCAAAUCAAACUAACUUUGGAAAGGGGCAUUGUAUUAUAUUACUGACAGACUAGAUGGGCCUUUGUUUGUCAACAGUCAGAAUCUUAACAAAAUUUUCAACUAUAGUAAGAGCCUAUUGUACCUGCACCUCAUUUUGCUGAAAAAGUGCUCUCUCUGUAUAUUUCAACUCAUUAAUUACAUAUCCUAAAUACAUACUUGAUGCACAGUGUUGCUUUCUUUAUAUGUUAUUUGUUAAUUUAUGUGACAUGCACAGACUUAAAAAAAGAAACCAAACAUCAUGUUUUAAAAAUAUAAUGAAGCCAUCAAGUUUUACUUUCCUUUAUUAUUGUUGGCAGAAGGGUUCAGCAUUGUUCCAUUUCAUGUUGGGGGGAAAGACACCUUAAUAGGUCUCCCUUCAUUCCCUUUGUUUCUCUUUUAUGUCAGCUAAAAGGUAUCUUGCACCGUAGUACCAGAUAUUUCCUUUGUUCAUACUGACAAGGUUUUUUUGUGUUACAGGAAAAUGACAGCGAUAAACGGCUUUCUGACACUGGCAGCAGAAACAAUGCUUUUGGGUAGAUAUGCUUGUCUUCCACACACAAUGUGCUGUUUGAGACCUUUGCGGGGAAUUGUUUUGAACCCAAAACAAAGCAAAAGAGGAAAGUGAUGGGCUGUGGGAGGAAAACAGGUUAGUCAUAAUUGGCUUGACAUAACCAGGAGCAAUUCUGUGCUUUGUAUGCAUGUGUUUGUUAUUUUUUUAGGGCUGAAUUAUGAGGGUCCUUAAACUUGAGUUUGUUUCAGUUUCCCUUCCUGAUGACAUCCUGUUUGUGUAAGUCCCCAGGUGUGUUUUCUCCAAAUGCCAUUGACCUUAGCUUUUUAAAGCUGCUAUAAGUUUGCGAUACACAUUUGGGGGUGGGGGUGGGGAGUGACAUCUCCCAUUGUACUAGUAAAAGCAGACAAGAUGCACUUACCUAUUUCAAAAGCAAGACAGACAAACAAACCCCAAUCAAAAACAUAUAUCCUGUCAAAAUGUGUAUUUAUUUAUUGAAAUUGCAUCAUGCUCUACCUUCCAAAGGAGUCCAGGGCAGCAAACACAUCCACAUUUCUUUUUUAUUAAAAAAAGCAUUCUAAAAUAGAUAUAACAUUCUGAAAACAAAUACAAUUAAAAACAUUAUAUCAUCCAGUUAUAUCGGGGUUGCCAGUAACAUGAUUCUUCAGCCACCAAAUGCCUGCAUAAACAGGAAUGUUCUCAAAAUCCUCCUGACAGUUAAUAAUGAUGUGGGCAAAAACACCUUACUAGGGAGGGCAUUCCACAAAUGGGGAACCACCGGUAAAAAGGCCCUGUCUGGGCUGCUGCUGGGGGUAGAUGGGUGUUACUAACAAUGUGAACAGUUACAACUUUCAAAGUAUCACAAAACCCAAAUGCAUUUUGACUGUUGUCUUUCUCUGUGGUCUCUGGUCUAUGCAAGUUCCGCAGAACAAAUUGGUCAAGUGAGUGUGCUCAUUAGCAUUUGCCCAUGUGUGGUAAAGUCCAAUUUCUAUGCAUGGUGUUAAGUUGAAAGCCAGAAUUUGAAAUGCUUUUUCCUGCGCCCAUAUGUUUAUUUGAAUAAAACACCAUCUGAGGUCUUUCUUUGUGUGCCUCCGACAUAAGAGUUUUGGAGUGUGGCAACAUGAGAACGGGCCUUUUCUGCAGUUAUACACUUCAUUAUACACCUUUGGGCACCAGGGGAAAAUGUUCCUCUUCAACAAGGUCUUUGACUGAUUACAUCUGAUACGUUGUUAAAUGUGUUGUGAGAGAAGGGUAGGAGGCAUUAUUGGGGGGGGGGUCUAGUUUUUAUUAUGUAUUUUGUGGUUUUUUUAUAUUGAGCUUUCACAUUUUGAGCCGCCACAUGACCUAUGGAUGAAGGCAGCUUCCAAAUUUAAAUAAUUAAUUAAUAAUAGAAACGGAAUUUAGACCUUUGCUGCUGUAUCACAUUGAUUAUCUAAGGACUGACUGAGAAAUUUUGGAAUAAUUUCAAAAUUCCAAAUAAUAAUUUGGAAUUUUGGAGUGCCCCAGUCCUACUCCAGAAAGAGAUGUGCAGCAUGGACCUAUGCAUGUUUACUUGACAGUAACACUCACUUGUUAUUAUGUUAUAUUAUAUUAUAAUAUGUUAUAUUAUGUUAUAUUAUGGGGUCACGAAGAGUCAGACAUGAUUAAAUGACUAAACAACAACAACAACAACACUUGCUUGUGCUCUAUGGGACUUAGGACCAGUCUUAGGAGCCACAAGUUCACAAGCAGCACAUGCAUCAGAAUUGUGGUGUGUGUUUAGAUACAUUGCAUUGCAUUUUGACACCAUUUAUUUUUAGUUUCUAUCAAUACUAAAAUAUAAUGAGAACCAUUGCUUACUGGAAUUGUGAACAUGUACAUGUAUAAUUCUAUGAUUCAAUGCAGAUCAGUCAUUCUAAAAGUUCAGCAUGAGUUUAGAACUCGUACCUGUAGGACCUGUUUGUAAAAAAAACUUGAUGCAAAUUAAGAUGCUCUAUUUCACAUUAAUUUCUUCACAUUUUAUUACUUCAGGAAGUAAUAUUAAAUAUAUGUUGUGCUUCUUCAAUAUAUGCUAGCUACGUAUCUUGGUUUCAGCACACGCAACAUGAGAACAAGAUUGGAUAAACAGGUGUGCCGAUGUCUGUUUAUCUCACACAAAACGCUUUUCACAGACACUCAAUAAGGCUUUAUCUUCCUGCAAGAUGGAUAGGGAAGAAAAUGCACAUCACAAUCUCCACAUUGCAAAGUGAUGAAUCAGAACUCUGGACAAAUCAAUUUGUUGUUCUUGGCAUUUGAUCUAUCUCACUUAACCGAUGAGCGAGAUCUGGCCUCUUUUAAAGGGCAAAUUAGUGAGUGAGAUACAACAUCAAGUACUAAAUGUACAUGUCUAAAUAACAUAAGACUUAUCUCCAUUUUCUCGGAGAAAAUGAAUUGAGGUGGGGGGCAUACCUAUUUUUUGUCAUUGAAUGAAAGAACUGUGCCAGUAUCUUUAAAAAUACUCUUAAUAGAAUCAUUAUUUUUACAUUGAUCCAAUGGAAUAAAUUAUGACUAGGGGGGGGAAACCCCAUCUUUCCCCCAUCUAUAUCACUUUCUCAUGUUUUUACUCAUUGUUUCAUUUCUUCAUUGAUAUGUAAUUUAAUGUGACUUUUCUCGAAAUGAAUGUUUAAAUUAAAGUGCAUAUUUACAUGCAUAUUUGUAUAGCUUUGAACAGUGGAUAAUUUUUAUCAUUUCUGUAUUUCAUUUUUGUUAACAGCUUAGAGAUGAUUGAUAUACCGCUUAACUACAAUUGCUUAAAUAAACCAAACAAACACACACAAAAUUGUUGGGCAGUUAAGCUCCAACCACACAAUAAUCCAUGAUGUGGGGACCAGGUCAUUUUAUAUAGAAACUUGCAAAUACUGAAUUCAUCAAGCAUCAGUUGGAUGGACCCCAAAAGCAGACUGUUUAAGAGCAUCACAUAGAUCUCUGUAAGAAGCAAGAUAUAAAUGUAAAAAAUAAUUAGAGGCAACUUCAUUAAAUCAAUGUUUUGUCAUUGGGUAUACACUUGCGUGGGAGUAAGUCCCACUAAAUUUAAUGGGGCUUACUUCUCCAUAUACAUGUGUAGGAUUAUGCUGUAAAUCAAAUAAUUGGAAAUUGGAAGACUGGUAUUUUCUGAUCACAUAAGAAUUUGGCAAAACAGCAUUUAGUUUUUGAAUAUUUGCACACAAAGAUCAUAUUGAAAUAACUAGUUAAUUAAAAUAAAGAAGCAAAAUAUCUCCUUUUAAGUUUGAUUUCUUAAAUUAUUAAAAUCUAUAAUCUGUAUUUAAUAAUAGUAAUAUAAAUUGCUGUUUUUUCCCCCAUCCAUUUUCAAUACACAUGCUUUGGGCUGACAUAGCACAAUACUGAGGUAUUAAAAUAGCAUUUAUAAUAGUUAUAUCUUAAAGUUUGUAUAUCAUUAGAAAAAGAGAGAGAACAUGCCACCAACUCUAUUUCUCCAAAACCUUUUAAUGAUGUGAUUAAAACAGCAAGAACAAAUAUGGAAGUUGCCAUUAUUUUUCUAAUGCUGUAAUAUAUAUGAAUAACUCCCAAAAUGUAUUAUCCCGGAUGAGUAAAUACUGAACACCAUGUGGGUGAAUAUGUUCACACUACAUUUUUGAAAUCCCAUUACAUAAUCCAGCUUUAGUUGAAGUAUUUGGAUUUAGGGUAAAUUAACCUCAUUAUUCAGAACGCGGGUGGAGCUGUGGUCUAAACCACAGAGCCUAGGGCUUGCCGAUCAGAAGGUCGGUGGUUCAAAUCCCUGCGGCGGGGGGAGCUCCAGUUGCUCAGUCCCUGCUCCUGCCAACCUAGCCGUUUGAAAGUAGAUAAAUAGGUACCGCUCUGGCGGAAAGGUAAAUGGCAUUUCCGUGUGCUGCUCUGGUUUGCCAGAAGCGGCUUAGUCAUGCUGGCCACAUGACCCGGAAGCUGUACACCGGCUCCCUCGGCCAAUAAAGCGAGAUGAGUGCUGCAACCCCAGAGUCGUUUGCGACUGGACCUAAUGGUCAGGGGUCCCUUUACCUUUUUAACCUCAUUGUUAGCAAUUUGGUAUGUAACAUUUCAAACACUGAAUUUUCACUUGGGUUGUUGUUCACAGGGGAACUCCCUUUAUUGUGGCAUUUGCCACUUAUUUCUAAACUUUCUAGUAUACGACAAUUGGAGCAGAGACAGGUCAUAUUUCCAUAUUAAUUCCUUCUCAUUCAAGCAUUUUUAUAGCAGUUCAUCAGCGACAUUGUUAAAACUUCUGCAGAGGAUCACUUUAUGUCUACUUUAUGCUAUUUCUCUUGUACUAAGCUCUUACCACAAAACAACUGUUUAGAAGGUAAUACUGAGGGAAUUAAUAGUGGCAUACAGUCAUUGGGGAAAGAAAUCAAUGGGCCUCAUAGGACCAAACUAGACAUAAGAUUAAAUUUGUUUUCAUUUUAUUUAUAUGAGAAUUUCUAUCACGUCCUUGUAAUGGAUAUGCAUCACUCAUGACAGCUUACCGCAAGUAAUAUCACAGUAUCAUCAUAAAACCACGUUAUUAAAAAUACAACAGAGGCAAGGAGGUCAGAUUAAAAACAAGUAACAUAUUAUCUGACCACGUUAUCUGACUGGUAGGACAAAAGCCCACAUUAAAGCAUUUAAUGUGUGUGAAUUUUUCAAAUAGCUGCCACAGAGUGGUGAGCUGGAUUGGGAAUCAACAAGUAGACAGAGGGAGUUUAAAACCUCACACCUUGCAAUCAACAUUGCUCUUUGCAUUGACGUUGAUGGCAAUGACAUCUUACUUCUCAAUGCAAAAGAGCAAAGUAGGGAGGUGAUUUUUGUCAGAAUCAUGGGAGAAAGGGGGAUUAAACUACCCCUCUCUUUCCACUGUGAUCUGUACAUAUCCUGUUAGCCUCAAUGAAGAGAGCAGUCGGCCUUAUAGAAAGAUGUACAUUAGCCAUAAUGCCUUGGGCACCACAUCUAGUUGGCCUAUAGCCAUAGCCUGCCAUCAAUAUUGAUUUUCAUUAGGUUACAGGGAAGCAAAGAUAUAUUUCACAUGCAGUAUUUAUGCUCCACAAAGGUUUUUGGACCCAAAGUAUUUUGCCUAGGGAGUAAUUGAUAUGGAGGUUCAACUAAUGAAAACCUAAUUACCAUGAUAUAUCUUCAAAUUCUGUAACUUCAGGUGUUGGGAGUAUUAGAGGCUGAUUAAAAUCAGGAGUCAGUAACUUACACUUAAAAUCUUGGCUAUAACUCCUGGAGUACCUGCUCCCUGCCUUGCAGGCCUGGGAAUCUGGGUCCCUGACUGACUGCAGCUACAGAAGCUGAGGUGGCUGACCAGACUCUUGCGUAGAGGGGUUGUGUGGGUGGGUGGGGUGGUGUUCUGCUGCUGCUGUUAUUAUUGCUUCAAUUGCUUUAAAUUGUUUUUAACUUGUGGUGUUUUUUUUUAAUUUGGAGGUUUUGUUGUUUUUUUGAAUUAGGGAAGUAAAUUGCGCCUGAGAAGAGAAGAGCAGGUAAUCCCAAUAACAAAGAGCCGCUUCUGGUCAGUGUAUAAAUUUACCCAUGGUGGAUAGAGAGGAGUUUUCCUCCUCUUAUAAUACUAGAACCCAGAACAUUCAACGAAGCUGAGUGUCAGAAGAUUCAGCACAAGGAAAAGGAAGUGCUUCUUCACACAGCAUAUCGUUAAACUAUAGAAUCUGCUAUCACAAGAUAUAGUCAUGUCUGCCAACAGAACUGUCUUUAAUAGGGAUAAGACUAGUAUCAGAGGUGGCAUGCAUCUGAAUGUCAAUUGCACUCAUCUAGUUGGCCAUUGUCAGAACUAGAUGCUGGACUAGAAGGACCUUUCUUCUGAUCCAACAGGGUGCUUUUUACAUUAUUAUAAACCACUGAGCCUCUUGGGCUUGCCAAUCAGAAGGUUGGUGGUUCGAAUCCCCAUGACGGGGUGAACUCCCGUUGCUUGGUCCCAGCUCCUGUCAACCUAGCAGUUUGAAAGCAUGCCAAAAAAGUGCAAGUAGAUAAAUAGGUACUGCUCUGGAGGGAAGGUAAACGGCGUUUCCGUGUGAUGCUUUCUGUGUUCGGUUUCGGUGUUCCAUUGCUCCAGAAGCAGCUUAGUCAUGCUGGCCACAUGACCCAGAAAAACUGUCUGCCAACAAACGCCAGCUCCCUCGGCCUGUAAAGGAAGAUGAGCGCCGCAACCCCAGAGUCGUCUGCUACUGGACUUAACUGUCAGGGGUCCUUUACCUUUUUAUGUGUAUACGAUACUCAACUAGGUGGAUUCAAUACAAGGUAGCUUCCUAAGUCCCUUUGUUUAACUUUUGAUAUACACACUUGAGCAGUUGAGGCCACAUAGUGAUCCACCUCAAGACACCUUAUUAACUGCACUAUCUGACUCUGAAUUCUCAGAAUGUGAUAACCUUCCCUGAAUCACCCCAUGAAUUCACCAUGUAUUUUGGGGUACAUGCAAAGCCCAAGGCAUUCCCCUGCUAUAAACAGGACUUCCAAUGUGAGAGCAACAUCAGCAUGUUGCAUAAAUAUAACACUGAGCCUCCAUUCCCAAAGCAAGAGCAGAUGCCAUAUUUCAGAAGCUGAGGAGUCUUUUUCUUUUACUAUCCAUAUGUGCAACCCAGAUUUGCUGACAGACCCAGUUAAUUGGUAGGUAACAAGAAGAGAGAUUAGAAAAUGACAGGUGGUAGAAGAGUACACAUUACAGUAUUAACCUAUUCUGUUGGAAUUGUUUUCAAUACUCUUUUGUGAAUCACAUUUGUAAUUAUGAAAGAAAACUACUCAAGAAGUCUCAAUCACAGCUUUCAUAAAAACAUACUUAAAUAGCUCUUUCCCAUCCAGUGUGGUUGAAAGGUAGCUGCACUGAUGAGACCUACAGUAUAAGUAUCAUUGACCACUUGCUAUCCUUUUGUGGAUGUCCAUGAGAACUAGAAGCUUUCUCUCUCUCUUUCUCUCUCUCUCUCUCUCACACACACACAUUGUUUUAACAGUGGGUUUUCAAAAAGUUGCUUAAAUUUUUUUGAACUCUUUCCAUAUUAGGUUUAAAAAUAUAGAAUCUUAUCACUAAAGCAGUAGACAGGAUAACAUUUUCUCACCUUAUCAUAUCUCACAAUCAGCCCCAGAAGGUAACUUAUUUCUAUUCUUGUUUUAGAGAUGGCAAAAAGAGGGGGGGGGGGACAGUUAAUUAUUAGCUCAAAAUGUCAUCUAGUGAAUGCAUGAUUUAAGUACCUUGGAAUGGAUCUCACUGGACCUGUGUUGGAUACGUAUUCAUAUUUAUUUUGCACACCCCCCCCACACCCCAAAAUUUGUAAAAACCAAUUUCAUGACCCUGAGGAACUUUUAGACUUCCAUUUUCUUGAACAGCAGAUGCCAGCACCCCCAUGGCAAACUGGAGAAAGCGGUUCUGCCACAGUUUACUAUUAAAUAUUGGAUGGAGGAGGUUGCUCGGAAAAAUGCUUAGCAUUUCAUUGCUACCUUGAGUCCCUGUCUGGGAAAAAUGUGAGAUAGUUUUUAAUAUUAUAAAUAUUAAUAUCUUAGGAUGAGCCCCUGUAACAUGGAAUUUAAUUUUGAAAUCAAAUUAAAAAUACAGGCCAGAAAAAAAGGAAAAAUACUACAGACCAAUACACUGGUACCUUGUGUUACAUAUGCUUCAGGUUACAUACUCCGUUAACCCAGAAAUAAUACCUCAGGUUAAGAACUUUGCUUCAGGAUGAGAACAGAAAUCGCAUGGCAGCGGCGCAGCAGCAGUGGGAGGCCCCAUUAGCUACAGUGGUGCUUCAGGUUAAGAACAGUUUCAGAUUAAGAACGGACCUCCGGAAUGAAAUAAGUACUUAACCCGAGGUACCACUGUAAUGCAAAAAUAUCACUAAGAGGGAAAAAGGGAGAAAUAAACUCAUUGAUUAUAGAAGACUUGUGGAACUGGUGGAAUAAAGCCACCUAAGGAGAACCUUGCUAACUAUUGAGAGAGCUUGGAUGUAUGAGCUUUGUAGUCAAACCAGAGUAAGGAUGAAAAACACACACUACCCAUUCACAUUUAUAAGUGUAUUCAAACAUUAAUAAUAGGAGUUCCAUAAACAUGUCAAAAAGAGAAAGUAUGCAUGAGCACAGUAGCCUUUCCCCCAUCCCUGUUACCAUGUGCAUGCAAGGAUGAAUGUACAGAGGUUACCCCACAGCAAACGUUGAAAUCAAAGUGAAGAGGGAGGGCUGUGAAGUUAUCACACUCAUGCAUGCUUUACUCUCUUCACAUGUUUAUUUAAGCCCUGUUAUGAAUGCCUGAGUAGGUUUUCUGUUUGAAUGGAAUGUGAUCCGAAGCUUGAAGGCCUUCCAUUCUGUCAUCCAUUAGUUUAGGAUAUUUCAUGCUACCUUUCAGACAAAGAUCUCAGGGAGCCAUAUCUGUUUUCAUUACAAUCUCGUCAGCUAAGUUAGGUGGACUGAUAGUGAACUGCUGGGGCUACUUCAUGUGGUGGAGCAGAAAUUUGAAUGCAAGACUCCCCUAUCCAAAUCCAACACUCCGCCUAUAAUACUAUAGCAGCUCUGAGCCACAUGUAGAAAAAUUAAUACAUGAGAUUCUGCCAUUUAAUAAUGGUGCAGAGAAUAUGCCAUCCAUAAUUAUGGGCCUGGCUUUUUUAGCUCUCCAUUUUCAUUUGACGAGGCUUAUGAAUGUGUGGCAGCAAUAGAAUAGGAUGGGGCUUUAAGGAGCCUGAAUGUUAUCAGAUCCACUAUUCGAAAGCUGGCAGCAUCUGCAUUUACUGGGUGGUAUGCUUGUGUGGGUUCUACUCUACUAUCUAGUGUAAGUACAUAUUAAAGCUGUCUUAUAUCAGGACAGACUAUUUGUCCAUCUGUCUCACUGUGGUCUACUGCUCUACUCAGAUUGGCAGAAGUUUUCUAGAAUCUCAGAACUCUGCUAGCUGACACUUUUGACUGGACAUUACAGGAAUUAGGUGAGGGACAUUUUGCAUGUAAAGCAUGUGCCCUAAUACUGAGCUAGGAUUGCUUCCUUUCCUACAUGAAUGAUACAGGACAUGACAGUCUUUAGAUUCUUUCUGGCCCUCCUCUGUUGCAAGGUCAAAGCGAACAACCCUAAAUAUAGGGAGGGUGGGACGGGCAAUCUGAUGCACGGGGCAAAAUGAGGAAGCUCUACACCUCGUGCAGGGAGUUUUAGUAUUUCUGGCUGUCAAUCAACAAAUGGCAACAUUAACUUCUUCCCAACAACAAAGGAAGCCCAAUCACAUCUGUGGCCAAUGAUCAAUUAGCCCGCCUCACAACUUUGGAGUGUCCUGUCAGCCCCCACCACAACACAUGCUCUCCAUGAAGGAGAACACGCUUUGUGACUGCAACCCAGAAAUGCACUGAAACAUUUCUUUCUUGUACCAAAAUUAGGUAUACAUUCUGCUUGUUUCAUUGUUGUGCAAAAAAUAAAAGCGGCCUAUUAGAUUUUCACAGGUUUUUGUUUUGUUUUUUGCUUCUUCCUGUUUUCUCAUACUUCACAGUUAA